GCUGAAGGAUGUUGACUCAACAGUCUUAUGACUGACUGGAUUGUGUGUGUGUGUGUGUGUGUUGCUUCAGGCCACUCUAAAAAUGACGUGUUUCUGGUACACCUGCUUUUGUUUGUAGGAACAAUGGGAAGUCUUCUGGCUCCUGAAGAUAAACCGAUUGGUCACAAAGGAAAAACUGAUGAAUCAGUGGAGAAAAAAAGAAAAAAAAAAGUCACGUUUUCCCCACAAACAACUCUGUUGGAUGUUAAUGAGGAACUAGUCCAGGCUAUAAAUGUUAUUGUGGCUCUGGCUCACGCCACACAGACGCUGGAAGUGCUGUCAGAGCUUUUUUGACUGUCCUGCUGCAGGAUGAAGGUCCAAAAAAACGCUCCGCAGGACCGGGGCUGUUUAGUGGGCAUCAUUUUCUUCAUUUUGGGCCUGGGAACGCUGCUGCCAUGGAAUUUCUUCAUGACUGCAUCACUGUACUUCCAAGGUCGUCUAAACACGACAGAAUACAACAAUGGCACAGUGGUGGUGCGCAAGGAGUAUUACUUCAACAACUGGAUGACCCUGCUGUCCCAGCUGCCCCUGCUGCUCUUCACCUUGCUCAACUCCAUCCUUUACCAGAGGAUAUCUGAGGCGGUGCGGAUCGCAGGUAGCCUCGUUUUUAUCCUGCUGCUCUUCAUCCUCACGGCAGUGCUGGUUAAAGUACCCAUGGAGGAAGACCGCUUCUUCUCCGUCACCAUGGCUACCAUCUGGUUCAUCAACUCCUUCGGCGCCGUGCUGCAGGGCAGUCUGUUCGGCCUGGUGGGUCUGCUGCCUCAGAAGUACAGCGCCGUCUUCAUGAGCGGCCAGGGGCUCGCAGGAACCUUCGCUGCUGUCGCCAUGCUGCUAGCCAUAGCCAGUGAUGCUGACUCUGAGACUGCAGCGCUGGGUUACUUCAUCACACCAUGUGUAGGAACCCUGGUCACGCUCUGCAGCUACCUGCUGCUGCCACGCCUGCGCUUUGCUCAGCAUUACCUGAAAAGAAGCAGCAAUUAUGAGGAAGAAACUACAGACGAGCUUCUGAAAGAUGGCAGCAAGAUGGAAAACGGGAAGCUGAACGGUCACGCUAACGGCUUAGUGAGCGAUACCGCGGCUAAGCCCAGCAGUCAGGCAGGGCUGGAACUGGUUUCCAGUACAGAGUCUAAGAAGCCCUUCCUGUCACUGGAGCCGGCUGAGAGGGGACAAGCCAAGGCUUCUGUGUUGGAAGUCUUCAGAAAGAUUUGGGUGAUGGCGUUCUGUGUGACGUUUGUGUUUACGGUCACCUUGUCCGUGUUCCCUGCUGUUACCGUGGACGUGAAAACAUGGUUCCCAGGAAGAUGGGAGCGCUUCUUCAUCUCUGUGUGUUGCUUCUUGAUGUUCAACAUCAACGACUGGCUCGGUCGGACCAUCACCACAUGGAUACACUGGCCUCGGAAAGACUCGGUUCUCUUCCCAGUGCUGGUCGUGUCCAGGGUGGUCUUCAUCCCUCUGCUGAUGCUGUGUAACGUCCAGAGCCGCUCCUACCUUCCUGUCCUCUUCCCCCACGAUGCUGCUUUCGCUUUCAUCAUGUCUCUCUUCUCUCUGUCCAGCGGCUACUUCGUCUGCCUCUCCAUGUCCUACGCUCCACAGAUGGUUGAUCCAAAGGAUGCCGAGACUGCCGGAGCCCUGAUGACCUUCUUCUUGGCUCUGGGUCUGUCCAUCGGGGCCGCCCUGUCCUUUCCCCUCCGGACUCUGGUUUAGUUCCAGACAUUGCAGUACUCCCUCUUAGGAGUGCUGCUGUGUCUGGGACUAGAAGGAAGGAUGUUAAAUAUGAGGAACCCUCAUUCUGCUCCUGCUUCGCCACUUUCUGUCUUUCCUCCACGUACCAUCAGACGCAGCGACGCGAACUCUGAAUGAAGCUGAGACUGUCGGUCAAAACCACGCCGACUAAAGAGUCCUUCAAGAAGUAGGAAUAAGAAAAGACUGCAUGGAGGUCCAACAGUUGGACCAUUUGUUUUUCUUCCAUUUUAAGAUGUAUUUAUGUUUUUUUUUUAGUUUAGUUUUAUUGAGAAGAGUUAGAUUAUUACACUGGCAGGUGUGUAGAGAAAGGGAAAAAUGGCAUUAUUAUUAUUUUCAGUGGUUUUGCUGCCGUUGGGCCUUGUUUCUGACUUUUGGGAUGAAAUUUUUUGUUUUAUUUAAUAGCUUGAAUGAUCACACACAAUCGACUUUGAUUAUAGAUGCUUUUAUAUGUUUUCUCUUUAGUGUUUGUGUUUUUCUAUUUUCUAACAAAUCUAAUGAAAUGUUUUGUUGUAUUAGAACAACAAUCCAAAUGUCCAAUUGUAACUUUAAAAAUAUUUAAUGACCUUCUUUCAGGGACUUGGGUGGAUUAAAUGAGACCAGUUGGAUAAACAAAAGAAACAAGGACAUGCACGUUGACAAUGCUCAAACUUCUGACAGACUCACCCCUUUGCAAUUAUAUAACUGGUCACCCCUCCCCCUCUGUCUCCAUCCAUUUCCUGAGUACAUCCACCACCUCCCAGUUUCCAGCAUUAAGGCAGCUACUGCCAUCUACUGGUCAGAAGACUUGAAUGGCAGAUACAAAGCAACAGGAUGGGGACGUGACCUGUAGCAUGUUAUUUGUCUCUUUGUACUGGUCAUGUUUCAGGUUAACUGGUUACAUUAGACUCCGACACCAUGACUGUUGCACAGCUUGUAGUUUUUCAGUAAAUAUUUACAGCUGUACUGUAAGUUCUCCAAGGACUGGCACUUGUUUUGUUUUGUAGUGACUCACAAGAUGUACUAUAAUUAUCUGUUUAUGUGAGCACUUGUUGAGGGAAAAGUGUCUCUGAGCCAUGCUGACAAAUUUUAAUUGCUGCAGGAUUUUCAUCAUAUUGGUCACUGACGUAAGCAGCUCCUGCUUUCAUGAGCUGUACUUGUACUCUGAGGCGUGGUGAAAAUGUGGAAGCUAUUGCUUUAAAAUGACCAAGCUGGCUUAAACCUGACAGGAGGGGCCAAUCAGUAAGAUUUCUGUUUCAGGUUAGAAAGUUGGAUUUGACUCGUAGGCUGUUACCACCAUUGUUGAAAAUGACCCACAUUUUCUACACUCAUCUGUAAAGUUCAGGUAAGUGUUCAUAACUGAACACUUAAAAAUUGAUACGGUGCAGGAAAAACUUAAUGUACAUGGUUUUAAAAUGGCAUUUUUAUGGUUUCAGUUAGUGUGUAGUUAGACUUUAUUCAGCUGCAGUCAUUUGUUUAUUCAACCCACACUUGUGCAGUAGGUGUGUUUCAGUUCUGUGCAGCCACAUUUUGGACGUUACCUCUGCUUACAGCUCAGCAGUGCUCCAGUCAAACCAUUACAGAUGAAAUGGUAAAGGGAAGUCAAGCUGGUGCAUCCUCAUCUGUCAAUAAAUGGAGAAUUCAAAUCA